AUGUCCGAGGGGAGCAUCCAGGGAACGUGCCGGACGUUCUGUCCGGCCCGGGAGAGCGACAGACGGAGAAAGCACAGGGAGGUGCAUGCCUUGGAGAAGGACCCGGAGACGGGAGAUGUGAUCCUGAUCAAAGAGUACACGCGAUCCGGCGCCGGACGGGACAUGACGGCCCCGGCCGAGCUCCGCCCCGGCCCCGUUCUCUCUGACUGCGUGGUCCAUCUCAUUCAGAGAGUCUCGUCCAGAACAGACGCCAGAUUCCUCGACGUAUACGACUUCAUCUGCGAUCGCUUGCGAGCCGUGCGACAGGACCUGGUGAUCCAGCGCCUCUCUGGCGUCCACGUGCAGCGCGUCCUCGCGUCUUCCCUGCGAUUCCUCCUCAUGGCUGGCUACAGACUGAGAAAGGAAGACGGAUUCCAGGAGGUCCUUCACGCGAAUCAGGUGCGGGAGACGCUGAGCUGCUACCUGGAACGGGUGGAGAUAAAGAGGAACUGCCACCUGGAGGUCCUCGCCGUCGGGCUCGUCCUCGACCUCGACGAGGAACUCCCGUGGAUUCGCUUCCUCGCGAUGCGCGGAUCUCGACCGGAGGAGGAGGAGGAGGAGUUGGUGGGGUCGUUGGUGUCGCUCAAAUCCGCCUGGCUGAUGGAGAAUUUGCCUCGGAUGCUCCGGAUCGCCGGUCGGCUUCCACUGCUCCUCCAGUUGGCGUUCGGCUCGCUUCUCCCCGCGCUCAGGAGGAAAGCCCUGGAGACGCUGAACGCCGGCUUCAGCAGCCGCGGGGCGGGGGUGCCGCUGCCACCCCUCACGGCGGCCCUCGCCCUCCGGGACGACGGCGAGACGGCCCGGCUCCUCGCGCAUCACGGCAUCCCAGUCCGGCAGAACUGCGCUGCGUUUCGCAAGUCGGUCUUCGUCCACAAGCCUCCCCUUCCGUUGGGGACGCUGCCGCAGGUGGAGGCGGCGUGGGCGGAGAAAGACUGGCCCGGCUGGAUCCUCUCCAAGUGA